AUGACUUACCAGAGGGAAAAAGCCGAUGUUGAGAUCGCCGAAGUCAGGCAAACGGCGGUAGAGGAAAAAGAGCCUCGCCGGAAGAGGCUUUGCAUUGCACCUACAUUUGCCUAUAAAGCAUUUGGCCUGUCCCCUGUUAAUAGUCAGCAAGCAUUACACCCUUUGUUUUUGAAUCUAGAAGCAAAGAUGAUUAUUUGUUUGCAUGCCCAACUCUGCACUCAACAACAGACCUCUGCAUUGCUCCAAUUUAAGCAACAAUUUUCCUUCCAUAAAUCUGCUUCCGAUGUCUGUGAUUAUGUCUGUGAUUAUGUCUCUGAUUACUUCUGUGAGUUUGUCGGAAUCCGUUCUUACCCGAAGAUGGAGUCGUGGAAGGAGGGUUCUGAUUGUUGCUCAUGGGAUGGAGUCGAGUGUGACAACAACACAAGUCAAGUAAUUGGCCUCGACCUCAGUUGCAGCUGGCUCCUAGGCACCAUCCACCCCAAUACCACCAUCUUCUACUACUUUCCUCACCUCCAAAGCCUCAACCUUGCUUUCAAUUACUUUGGUAUGUCUCCAAUCUCAUCUGAAUUUAGUCGAUUCACCAGAUUGACACACCUCAACCUCUCAUUGUCUAGUUUUUCUGGGAAAGUCCCUAUAGAAGUCUCCUUUCUGAGCAAAUUGGUCUCGCUUGAUCUCUCUUACAAUUAUGGUUUGAGGUUGGAAGAACCUGGAUUUGAAUUACUUGUUCAAAACUUAACCAAGGUAAGAGAACUUAAUCUUCGAGAUGUAUACAUAUCUUCAGUGGUUUUGAACUCCUUGCUCAAUCUGACUUCUUUAACACUUCUCGAUCUUACUGCGUGUGAAUUGCUUGGAAAAUUUCCUGACGGAAUAUUCCAUUUACCACAUCUGAAUGAGCUGAGUAUAUGGGAUAAUUCUGCUGUCACUGGUUAUUUUCCCGAGUUUAUAAACUCGAACAGUCCUCUCCAGUACUUGGUCCUUUCAUCCACCAAUUUCUCUGGAGAACUACCGGACUCAAUUGGGAAUUUGAAGUCCUUGAAAAUGUUGGCUGCCUUUGAUUGUGAAUUUUAUGGAUCCAUCCCUACGUCACUCGGAAAAGGACGGAAACAAGGCAUAAACCACAACUGA